GUGAUAUAAACAAGAGUAAAACAAAACAGUCACACUAUUAUCCAUGGACUCUCCUUGCUCACAUGAAGGAUUUAUAGACAACUUUCUCCAUGCUUAUUGCUCAGUCAAUCACCUCACCCCCCUAAUCCAGCCAACCCACUUUAGCCCUCUCUCUUAAUUUCUUCUUCUUUAUUGUCUCUUUGAACUCUAAAAACCCUAAAAUUUCUUUUUCUCUGAAAUAAUGUCAAGCAACAAGAAAAAGCUGGUUCUGAACACAGUUUCAGUGAGCUUAGGCUGCAGCAGCAGUUGCAGGAAACCCAAGCUGACAAGCUUUUUCAAUCCAAAACCCAAACUGAAACUUAAAAUCAAACCAAAAUCUCAUUCUCUUUGCAACAAUUACUCUUCUUCAAGUUCAUCCACCAAGAAAACAACCCAUUGUUCCUUCUCUGAAAAUGAAACUGGUACCUCUUUUUCUCCAGGUACAGACACUGCUAUGUACUGGGACAUGGAUAUCGACACAGACGGUCCGAACAGUGCUAACAAGUGUUCAAUGGCGACAGUACGAGGUUUUGGUCAUGUCGGAGGUGACAGCUUGGCGGUGGAGAAAGAUUCUGAUGAUCCUUAUUUGGAUUUCAGGCAGUCAAUGUUACAAAUGAUAUUGGAGAAAGAGAUAUAUUCUAAAGAUGAUUUAAAGGAGCUUCUCAAUUGUUUCCUGCAGUUGAAUUCGCCUUACCAUCAUGGGAUCAUUGUUAGAGCUUUCACCGAGAUCUGGAAUGGGGUAUUCUCCGUCAAGUCUGGUUCCGGCACCGGUACUUCGCCGGAGAUGCUUUUUGGGCUUAGGCCACGACAGUUCUAGGGAAAUAAGGUCCAAUGGGCUGAUAAAAUAAUAGUACAUUCUGACAGUUGGCUGAUGAACACUUGUUUAAGUUAUAUAAGAAAUAUAUUUUCGAAUUUAAUGCAAUAGCAAGUUGGAGGAAA